AUGGCCGCCUAUGUGGUUGGUAUUGGUGCGCAGUCUUCCCUCGGGGAAUGGGACUUGGUGUGCGGCCGGUUCCAACUGUCCAACAUCGCCCAGUCGGUGUUCAUGUUGGGCGUACUCAUCGGAAACGUGUUGUUCGGUAUGUUCUCUGACAAAUAUGGUAGAAAAUUACCAAUGAUGUUCGCUAUUGUCCUUUUACUCGUUGCCGGGGUCGGCACAUCGUUAGCUCCUUGGUACGAGCUAUUCCUGCCACUUAGAUUUGCGACUGCGUUAGCAAUUGGAGGUCUAAUGAUUAGUAGCUUCGUUUUAACCAUGGAAGUUGUGGGCGGGAAAUGGCGAACAGUGGUUAGCACGUUGCAUCAUAUCCCUUUCAAUUUGGGCCACAUGAGCAUGGCUCUCAUUUCGUAUUUCAUUAGAAAUUGGAGACAAUUUCAAUUGGCUAUUACCCUGCCCUCGUUGUUUUUCUUCACGUAUUGGUGGAUAAUACCGGAAAGUCCGCGAUGGCUGUUGGCAAUGGGCAAGGAAAAGCAGGCCCGGAAAAUACUGACCGCGGGCGCCUCGAGGAACAACCGGAAGCUGGACGGCGAGUUCGAAAAGUCGCUGAUGAACAGCCAGCCUGGAAAGGGCGCCGAAGAGAACAAGGGCAAUCUGUUCGACCUCUUCCGGACGCCCAACCUGCGGAAGAAGACGCUGGCCGUGUUCUUCAAUUGGAUGGUGUGCGGGCUGUGCUUCUACGGUCUGGCGCAGUACAUGGGCGAGAUUGGCGGCAACAUAUUCGUCAACGUCGCGUCGUCUGGGCUCAUCGAGUUGCCGGGCGCGUUCUUGUGCAUAUACCUGUUGGAGAAGUUCGGCCGGAGGAACACUCUGCUGUCGGCCAACCUGGUGACGGCCAUGGCCUGCAUACUGAUCACGUUCCUACCUCAGAAUUCCGAAGUGGAACAUUUCAAGUUCAUAUUAGCGUCGCUGGGCAUAGUUGGAUCGUCAAUAGCUUUUCCAACCAUAUAUCUGUUUAGUGGAGAACUGUUUCCGACUGUGGUGCGCAACGUCGGUGUUGGGUCGGCGUCCAUGUGUGCAAGGAUUGGUUCCAUAAUAGCUCCAUUCGUCUCGUCUCUGGGUGUAUUCAACGUGUACUUACCGCCAAUGAUUUUCGGCACGGUGCCACUAAUUGGAGCUCUCCUGUGUCUAUUGUUGCCGGAAACGAGAGGUGCGCAAUUGCCGGUGACCAUUGAAGACGGAGAACGUUUCGGGCUCAAAUUAAAAAAAUCACCAACAAAGACUUUAGAAAACGGAACACACAAUUCAGGAUUUGUAGCCGACGAACAAUUGUAA